AUGUCCGUCACAACCAAAGCAACAAUCGCUUCCUUUGGUGGGAAACUGCUCAAGCUUGCUCACGAUGCCACCACUACCAACUGCGAAAUGACAUUUAAUCUCUAUCUACCUCCACAAGCUAUCCAAAACCCAAAACAGAAAGUUCCUGUCCUGAUAUACCUUUCCGGCCUCACUUGCACAGCGGACAACUGCUCCGAGAAGGGAUUUUUCCAGCAUGGAGCUAGCAAGCGAGGGAUUGCGAUUCUCUAUCCCGACACGAGUCCUCGAGGCCCAAAUGUCGAGGGCGAGAACGACUCUUGGGACUUUGGCACCGGCGCCGGCUUUUACGUUGAUGCCACCAAUGCUCCUUAUGAUAAGGGAUAUAACAUGUACAGCUACGUCACAGAGGAACUGCCAAAGGCAGUAUUUGCUGUUUUUGACCAGUUGGAUUCGACACGGGUCGGUAUUACGGGCCAUAGCAUGGGCGGACACGGCGCGUUGACUUUGUUCUUAAAAAACCCAGGAAAAUACAAAUCCGUUUCUGCCUUUGCUCCCAUUUCCAACCCGAUCAAUUGCCCCUGGGGUCAAAAGGCAUUCAAAGGAUACUUGGGCAAUGACGUUCAAAAAUGGAAGGAAUAUGAUGCCACUGAGCUUGUUAAAAAGUGGAAAGGCCCUCUUAAUGCGCUGAUUGAUGUGGGUACUGGCGACACUUUCUAUGAACAGGGCCAACUGCUCCCGGAAAACUUUGCUCAGGCGGCCAAGGAAGCUGGUGUUGAGGGCAUAAAUAUCCGGUACCAGGCAGAUUACGAUCACAGCUACUAUACCAUAGCGACGUUCUCGGAUGACCACAUUGAGCACGCGGUUAAGUACCUAUUCGCAUAA